GUCAUAAAAUAAAUGAAACUGUUAUAUAGUGGUAGCAAUGAGUAAAGAUACAAAGUCUACUUCAGUCUACUCAUUAUAGUUCAAUUAUGCGAAAUAAAAUAACUUUAGGAACGACAAAUAAAUGGAUUUCUAAAACACCAAAAUAUUUUUAACCUCCGACUCACAACAAGUUUAAAUGCACGAAAUCAUUUGCAAUGGCGAAUUCGAACGAUAGAAUUAUUGUUUUAAUAGACAUGGAUUGUUUCUUUUGUCAAGUUGAAGCAAAAUUACGACCAGAAUAUGCAGGAAAACCACUCGCUGUUGUGCAAUACAAUCAAUGGAAAUUAGGAGGAAUAAUUGCUGUCAAUUAUGAAGCAAGAGAAUAUGGUGUUACACGACAUAUGAGGGGAGCAGAAGCUAAAGAAAAAUGUCCAGAUCUAAUUUUAGCUAGUGUACCAUGUCUUCGUGGGAAAGCUGAUACAUCAAGAUAUAGAAGUGCUGGUCGUGAAGUAAUUGAUGUUAUAAAAACCCACUCCAAUAUAGUAGAAAGAGCUAGUGUAGAUGAAGCAUAUUUAGACCUUACCGAUGUUAUUGACAAAAGUUUACAGAUAAACUCUAUUUCCCCAGAAAAUUUAAUAACACAGCUAUCAAAUACAUUUAUAGUAGGAUACUCAGAAGUUGGAAAGAAUGAUGAAGAAGAGAGAAGUAAAGGUACAAAAACUUGGAUAUUAAAUAUUUUUGAAGAACUCGAAGAUGUACAGGCUCAAAAACUUGCGAUAGCUGGUGUAAUAGUUGAAGAAUUGAGAAAUGAUAUAUUUCAGAAAACAGGAUUUAGAUGCUCAGCUGGCAUUGCACAAAAUAAGAUAUUAGCUAAAUUAGCAUGUGGAUUACACAAACCAAAUCGACAAACAAUAUUACCUGCUGCUGCGGUAUCGUCGCUUUAUUCAACAUUACCAAUUAAAAAAGUUAGGAAUCUCGGCGGAAAAUUUGGAGAUGUUGUUGUUGAAUCUCUCAAUUGUAAUGUUAUGGGUGACUUACUGCAGUAUUCACUGCAAUAUUUACAAGAACGUUUUGAUGACAAAACGGGAUUAUGGUUAUAUAAUAUCGCUCGUGGUGUAGACCAUGAGCCCGUUACUAUGCGGCUUGUGUCAAAGUCGAUCGGAGCGUGUAAAAAAUUUCCUGGAAAACAAGCUAUUACUUCGUUAGACGUGUUACAACAUUGGGCUGGAGAAUUGGCAGCAGAAGUUUGCGAACGUCUCGAACAAGACCUCGAGGAAAAUGAACGACGCGCGACACUACUUACGAUAUGUUAUCAUUAUUAUCAAAACAAAAAUGUAGUAUCUCAAUCACGUUCUUGUACUUUAAAUUCAUACAAACCAGAAAAAAUGGCAAGUCGUUGCGUGGAAAUGAUAUCUAAAUCAACACAAUGUCCAGUUGCGUAUAUAGGCCUAUCGGUUGGUAAAUUUAUACCUGCUAAAGGUAGCGAGAAUUUCAUGAAUUUUUUCAAAACGAGUAGGUUAGAACAUCAACAGAAAACAAGUGUUCAACCAAGUAUAGAAGUGAAACACACGGAAUCAACAAAUAAUACUAUUGAAACAGUAAUAGAUAAUAUAAACAAAAAUACCAAUAUGAAUUCUAAUGAUAAUAAAAUGGAGAACCCAUCAAAUAAUAGAGUAAACGAUGUUGCCAAAAACUGUAAAAGUAGCGUGCAGUUAAGUGAACGAACUCCUGAUAUGGAAAUAAAUUGUUCGCCUACUACUAGAAGAUUAAAUAAUUUAAUUACGUCAUUGAACCAACCAAACAAGAAGAAAACAUUUCAUGAAAGAAAAGAUAGUAACUCUAACUUAAACGAGUCCUUAGACCAAGACCAAUUUAAAGAAUCAUUUUUUUUGAAUGUUUUUAAUCCAAAAGACAGUAAGAUAAAAGACACAGCUAUACAUGAAACUGAUUUAACUGAAUUCAACAAAGAUGAAAAUGUUGGUAAAACUGACAAUGAUUAUAACAAAAGUGAAUCUGGUGAAAUAGACUUUGAUACAGCACAGUGUAGUUCUAGUGAAUUUGUACAAACAUCCGCGAACGUAAUAAUAAAGGAAAAUAGUAGAGCGAGUAAUUUUCGAAGUACUAUAAAACUAGAAGAAAUAUUUCCCGAUUUAAAUGAUAUUGAUCCGAACGUCGUCGUAUUGCUGCCUCCGGAUUUACAAAAUGAAGCAAAAUUAUACAUAAAAAAACAAAGUAAAAAAAACAAUACAAGAGAAACUGUAACAAAGAAUACAAAGAUAAAAAAUAAAUCUAAAAGUAAUGUUUCGAAAGGGAAGAAAAGCAAUGGCAUUUAUAAUUUUCUAGUUAAAAAAGAUCCAACUAAAGUUAUCGAUGUACCAUCCGUACGUUGUUUACAAUGCCAUGACACAAUACCCGUAUCAAAAUAUGAUGAGCAUUGCGACUUUCAUGUAGCUGAAAAUUUGCAAAAGAAAAUAAAUGAUACGAUGCUAGAAACCGCAAGAGUAAAAAGAAAAGUCGAUACAUGUGACAUAGACGCUAAUUCUGUGAAACGUCGUUCAAACGAAGUUAUUUUAAAACCAGAAGAAAAUUAUAAACCUACAACGUCGUUUCUAUCGUAAUUAUUUUUAUAAAUAUUAAAAUGUAGAUAAAUAUAAUUUUUUAAGUGUUGUAAAUAUUCAUUGAUUUGAAUGAAUUUGUAUAAAUUGGAAGCAAAAUUUACGAUGUAUUUUUAUAACUUUAGAGUGUUCUUUACAUUGGUAUGUAAAUAACAGUAAUUCUCAUGCAAAUUGAGUUGAACUAGAAAUAAAGUUUUUAAUG